UUUCUUAUAAUUCGUCAUAAGCACAAUGACUCACGAAUAUUUUGAGGCCCUCUAAAAACAGGCAGGUGCUAGGACCUAAUGGAAGUCAGGCUUUCAGUAGGAGGGGAGACAGCACUAUGGGGCGUGGUCCCCUGGAAGCAGGUACAGAAAAGCCAGUUCUUCCACCUGGAAGCUAAUGAGACUCCAUUUCAACUCUCUCCACACCACCUCCGAGACACCAGCAGCUUUCACACUUGCUUGUCAAACCAAAAGCAUGUUUCUUGCAAAGGCUUUAUUGGAAGGGGCCGAUCGAGGUCUUGGAGAAGCUCUUGGAGGCCUUCUUAGAGGAGGCGGUCAGAGAAGAAGAGGAGGAGGAGGAGGAGGAGGAGGAGGAGGAAAUCUCGGAGGGAUAGUUGGAGGAAUCGUGAAUUUCAUCAGCGAGGCCGCGGCAGCUCAGUACACCCCAGAACCGCCUCCCACUCAGCAGCAUUUCACGACCGUGGAGGCCAAUGAAAGUGAGGAAGUUCGUCGGUUUCGACAGCAGUUUGCCCAGCUGGCAGGACCAGACAUGGAGGUGGGUGCCACCGACUUAAUGAAUAUUCUCAACAAAGUCCUUUCCAAGCACAAGGACCUGAAGACCGACGGCUUUAGCCUUGACACCUGCCGGAGCAUCGUGUCCGUGAUGGACAGUGACACGACCGGCAAGCUGGGCUUUGAAGAAUUUAAGUACCUCUGGAACAACAUCAAGAAGUGGCAGUGUGUUUAUAGGCAGUAUGACAGGGACCGCUCUGGGUUCCUGAGAAGUUCCCAGCUGCGCGAGGCCCUGCAGGCAGCGGGUUUCCAGCUAAAUGAGCAGCUUUACCAAAUGAUCAUCCGCCGCUAUGCUGAUGAGGACGGCAGCAUGGAUUUCAACAACUUCAUCAGCUGUCUGGUCCGCCUGGAUGCUAUGUUCCGCGCCUUCAGAUCCCUGGAUAGGGACGCAGACGGUCUGGUUCAAGUAUCCCUCCAAGACUGGCUGCAACUGACCAUGUAUUCCUGAAGCCGGCCCCUCCCUGAGGACGGGACUCCGGACAGCCUCGCCCUCCCGUCCCCACGGCGGCUGAUACCCUGUCCCAGAGCUGUCAUUUCCUGCGAGCUCAUAUAUCUCCCUGCAUGCUUCUGAACUGGGACUGCCCUUUGGUGCUGAGUUAAAACAGAUUUUCUUUUUUUUAAAUGAGAAAUGUUCUGAGUGGUUUGUAUGUCAGCUCUGUGAGAUACUGGAUGUGUAGGGAUGUAUGUAUGGGGUCGGGGGGCAUGGGGUAGAGCCCCCUUGGAAUAGAUUUUAAUAGGGCAUUGCUUAUUUGGUGAGUGAAUUCCAAGGAGCAGGAAACUUGUUGUCAUUGAGAAUGAAAUCUUGAAAAAAGAAAACCCUGGAGUAAAUCAAGAUAGCCCUCAAGAGAUCUAGUUUUCCCUUUAAAAAAGGUGAGGAGGAGGGAAGUUGAGAAUCUGUUUUUCUCUUAAUUUCAUAUCUGGUCUUUCCAUUAUGAAAAAAAGAGAGAGGAAAAAAAGAGAAAGAAAAAGUGUUUUCCUGGAAGCCUAUUUAACUGUAUAGAAACAGAUUAAGAAAGGAGAAAAGAAGCAAUGUCACGUAAGGGAAGUAUAUAUGAGUUUUUAACAAUGGAGCGACUGUCUGAAAUUCCAGAAUUCUUUAGUCCUGUUUCUCUAGUAAAAUAAGCAUGCAGCAAAUUUGUUUUGUUUUGAUGUAUUUGUAAAGAGGGUCAGGGCAUUGGGGAAUGA